CACAACUUCUUCAAGAUGGUGGAGGGCUUCUUCAAUUGCGGCGCCAGCAUCGUGGAGGACAACCUGGUGGAGGACAUGAGGACCUGGGAGAGCGAGAAGCAGAAGGAGAACAGGCUGUGCGGCAUCCUGUGGAUAAUCAAGCCCUGCAACCAUGUGCUGAGUCUCUCCUUCCGCAUCGGGCAAGACGGCUCCUGGGAGGUCAUCUAAGGUUACCCGGCCCAGCACAGCCAGCACCGCAUGCCCUGCAAGGGAAGUGUCCAUUACAGCACUGAUGUGAGUGUAGAUGAACUAAAAGCUUUGGCUUCUCUGAUGACACACAAGUGUGCGGUGGUUGAUGUGCCAUUUGGGGGUGCUAAAGUUGGUGUUAAGAUCAAUCCCAAGAACUAUACUAGUAAUGAAUUGGAAAAGAUCACAGGGAGCUUCACCAUGGAGCUGGCAAAGAAGGACUUUAUUGGUCGUGGCAUUGAUGUGCCUGCUCCAGACCUGAGCACAGGUGAGAGGGAGAUGUCCUGGAUCACUGAUGCCUAUGCCAGUACCAUAGAACACUAUGACAUUAAUACACAAGCUCAUGUUACUGGUAAACCCAUCAGCCAAGGGGUAAUCCAUGGACGCAUCUCUGCUACUGGCCAUGGUGUCUUCCAUGGGAUUGAAAACAUCAUCAAUGAAGCUUCUUACAUGAGCAUUUUAGGAAUGACACCAGGGUUUGGAGAUAAAACAUUUGUCGUUCAGGGAUUUGGUAAUCUGGGCCUACACUCUAUGAGAUAUUUACAUCGGUUUGGUGCUAAAUGUAUUGAUGUUGGUGAGUCUGAAGGGAGUAUAUGGAAUCCAGGUGGUAUUUACCCAAAGGAAGUGGAAGACUUCAAAUUGCAACGUGGGUCCAUUCUGGGCUUCCCCAAGGCAAAGCCCUAUGAAGGAAGCAUCUUGGCAGCCAACUGUGACAUACUGAUCCCAGCUGCCAGUGAGAAGCAGUUGACCAAAUCCAAUGAACCCAGAGUCAAAGGCAAUAUCAUUGCUGAAGGUGCCAAGGGGCCAACAACUCCAGAAGCUGACAAGAUCUUCCUGGAGGGAAACAUAAUUGUUAUUCCAGAUCUCUACUUGAAUGCUGGAGGAAUGACAGUAUCUUACUUUGAGUGGCUGAAGAAUCUAAAUCAUGUCAGCUGUAGCCGUUUGACUUUCAAAUAUGAAAGGGAUUCUAACUACCACUUGCUUAAGUCUGUUCAAGAGAGUUUAGAAAGACAAUUUGGAAAGCAUGGUGGAACUAUUCCCAUUGUACCCACGGCAGAGUUCCAAGACAGGACACCGGGUGCAUCUGAGAAAGACAUCAAGCACUCUGGCUUGGUGUACACAAUGGAGCGUUUUGCGAGGCAAAUCAUGUACACAGACAGGAAGUAUAACCUUGGAUUGGACCUGAGAACAGCUGCUUAUGUCAAUACCAUUGAGAAAGUCUUCAAAGUGUACAAUGAAGCUGGUGUGACCUUCACAUAGAUGGAUCAUGGCUGACUUCCUCACUAUCCUCUUCACGUGUAACUUCUGCAGACUUAUCACAAGUUUACAUGCAACUACAGAAAUCCCUUUCUCUCCUGACUCAUUAAUAAUGGAUACCAUUCU